AAGAAAACACAAACCUUCAGGAUACUACUCGCUACCUCAAGCUUCCCUUUUCAAAGGGCAUUUUCCUUGGGAAUAAUAAUCAAGCCAUGAAGGCCACAAAGGAAUCCUUUUGGAUCACAUCUUUUCUCUGUUCUACAAAACUCACACAAAAUGGUGAUAUGCUUGAUCUUUUGAAAUGGAGAACCCACCCAGACAAGAUCACAGGCUGUCUCUCCAAAUUAAAAGACAUCGAUGGCUCAGAGAUAGUAAAGUUUCUGCAAGAUACACUGGAUACCUUAUUUGGAAUUUUAGAUGAAAAUUCCCAAAAAUAUGGAUCCAAAGUGUUUGAUUCUUUGGUUCACAUCAUAAAUUUGCUGCAAGAUAGCAAAUUUCAUCACUUUAAGCCUGUAAUGGACACUUACAUCGAGAGCCAUUUUGCUGGGGCACUUGCAUACAGAGACCUCAUCAAAGUGCUCAAGUGGUACGUGGACAGGAUAACAGAAGCAGAACGGCAAGAGCACAUCCAGGAGGUGCUGAAGGCGCAAGAAUACAUUUUUAAGUACAUAGUUCAAUCACGAAGGCUGUUCUCCCUUGCCACCGGGGGGCAAAAUGAGGAAGAAUUCCGCUGCUGUAUUCAGGAGCUGCUCAUGUCGGUCCGCUUCUUUCUUUCUCAAGAAAGCAAAGGGUCUGGAGCAUUAUCUCAGUCACAGGCUGUGUUUCUGAGCUCUUUCCCAGCUGUGUACUCAGAACUCUUGAAGCUCUUUGAUGUCCGAGAAGUGGCCAACUUGGUCCAAGAUACUCUGGGCAGCCUGCCAACCUUCAUGCAUGUGGACGAUUCCCUGCAGGCUAUUAAACUACAGUGCAUUGGCAAGACCGUGGAGAGCCAGCUGUAUACCAACCCAGAUUCCCGGUACAUUCUCCUGCCUGUCGUGUUACAUCACCUCCACAUCCACUUGCAAGAACAGAAGGACUUGAUCAUGUGUGCGCGUAUCCUUAGCAACGUAUUUUGUCUCAUCAAGAAAAAUAGCUCAGAAAAAUCUGUGUUGGAGGAAAUAGACGUGAUAGUGGCCAGCCUUCUGGACAUCCUGCUGAGAACCAUAUUGGAGAUCACCAGCCGACCCCAGCCAUCCAGCUCAGCAAUGCGGCUCCAAUUCCAGGAUGUCACUGGCGAAUUUGUUGCUUGUCUGCUGUCCCUUCUACGACAAAUGACCGAUAGACAUUAUCAACAGCUUCUUGAUAGUUUCAAUACAAAGGAAGAAUUAAGGGAUUUCCUGCUGCAGGUAUUUACUGUGUUCCGAAUAUUGAUACGCCCAGAGAUGUUUCCCAAGGACUGGACUGUUAUGCGCUUGGUUGCUAACAAUGUUAUUAUUACAACAGUUCUGUACCUCUCGGAUGCACUUCGUAAGAACUUCUUAAAUGAGAACUUUGAUUAUAAGAUCUGGGAUUCCUACUUUUACCUUGCUGUCAUUUUUAUAAACCAGUUGUGUCUGCAGCUGGAGAUGUUCACACCUUCCAAAAAGAAAAAGGUAUUAGAAAAGUAUGGUGACAUGCGGGUAACAAUGGGAUGUGAAAUCUUCAGCAUGUGGCAAAACCUAGGAGAACACAAGCUUCAUUUCAUCCCUGCCUUGAUUGGCCCCUUCCUAGAAGUGACCCUGAUACCCCAGCCAGAUCUGCGGAAUGUCAUGAUUCCUAUUUUUCAUGAUAUGAUGGAUUGGGAGCAGAGGCGCAGUGGCAACUUUAAACAGGUGGAAGCCAAGCUAAUUGACAAGCUGGAUAGCCUGAUGUCAGAAGGGAAAGGUGAUGAAACAUACCGUGAGCUCUUCAACAGUAUAAUUCCACUAUUUGGUCCCUAUCCUAGUCUAUUAAAGAAAAUUGAGCGGGAAACAUGGAGAGAAAGUGGCGUUUCGUUAAUUGCUACUGUAACUCGUCUAAUGGAGAGGUUGUUAGAUUACAGGGACUGCAUGAAAAUGGGAGAGGUAGAUGGCAAGAAGAUUGGCUGCACAGUUAGUCUUCUGAACUUCUAUAAGACUGAGCUGAACAAGGAAGAGAUGUAUAUACGCUACAUUCACAAACUGUAUGAUCUCCAUCUGAAAGCACAGAACUUUACAGAAGCUGCAUAUACUCUUCUGCUGUACGAUGAGCUGUUAGAAUGGUCUGACCGGCCUCUCAGGGAGUUCCUGACCUACCCCAUGCAAACAGAAUGGCAGCGCAAAGAGCACCUGCACCUCACCAUCAUCCAGAACUUUGACAGAGGCAAAUGUUGGGAGAAUGGCAUUAUCCUGUGCCGGAAGAUCGCGGAGCAGUAUGAGAGCUAUUAUGACUACAGAAACCUGAGCAAGAUGAGGAUGAUGGAAGCUUCUUUGUAUGACAAAAUUAUGGACCAGCAGCGUCUUGAACCAGAGUUCUUCAGAGUUGGAUUUUAUGGGAAGAAAUUUCCAUUCUUCUUAAGAAAUAAGGAGUUCGUGUGUCGAGGGCAUGACUAUGAGCGGCUGGAAGCUUUCCAACAGAGAAUGCUGAACGAGUUCCCCCAUGCCAUCGCCAUGCAGCACGCAAACCAGCCCGACGAGACCAUCUUCCAGGCCGAAGCUCAGUAUUUGCAGAUAUAUGCUGUAACUCCCAUUCCGGAGAGCCAGGAGGUUCUGCAGCGAGAGGGUGUUCCAGACAACAUCAAAAGUUUCUAUAAAGUCAAUCAUAUCUGGAAAUUUCGCUAUGACAGACCAUUUCACAAAGGCACAAAAGAUAAAGAGAAUGAAUUCAAGAGUCUCUGGGUGGAGAGGACAUCAUUAUACUUGGUGCAGAGUUUACCUGGCAUUUCCCGCUGGUUUGAAGUGGAAAAGCGUGAAGUGGUAGAAAUGAGUCCUCUGGAGAAUGCAAUUGAAGUGUUAGAAAAUAAGAAUCAGCAGCUGAAGACUCUGAUUAGUCAAUGUCAGACAAGACAGAUGCAGAAUAUUAAUCCCCUGACCAUGUGCCUGAAUGGAGUUAUUGAUGCUGCAGUUAAUGGUGGAGUUUCCAGGUACCAAGAGGCAUUUUUCAUCAAAGAAUAUAUCUUAAGUCACCCUGAAGAUGGAGAGAAAAUUGCGCGGUUAAGAGAGCUGAUGCUUGAGCAGGCACAAAUUCUGGAAUUUGGUUUGGCCGUGCAUGAGAAAUUUGUACCUCAAGAUAUGAGACCCCUUCACAAAAAGCUGGUGGACCAGUUCUUCGUGAUGAAGUCGAGCUUAGGGAUACAGGAGUUCUCUGCUUGUAUACAAGCCAGCCCUGUCCAUUUCCCUAAUGGAAGCCCGCGUGUGUGUAGAAAUUCCGCACCUGCUUCUAUGAGCCCAGAUGGUACCAGGGUAAUUCCUCGACGCAGCCCAUUAAGUUACCCAGCUGUCAACCGAUACUCUUCCUCCUCACUGUCCUCUCAAGCUUCUGCUGAAGUAAGCAAUAUUACAGGGCAAUCAGAAAGCUCUGAUGAAGUCUUUAACAUGCAGCCAAGUCCAUCUACCUCAAGCUUGAGUUCUACUCAUUCUGCUUCACCUAAUGUGACAAGUUCUGCUCCAUCAAGUGCCAGAGCUUCUCCUUUGUUAUCUGACAAACACAAACAUUCCAGAGAAAACUCUUGCCUGUCCCCAAGAGAGAGACCAUGCAGUGCCAUUUAUCCAACCCCCGUGGAGCCUUCUCAGAAGAUGCUGUUUAAUCAUAUUGGAGAUGGGGCCUUGCCACGCAGUGACCCAAAUCUUUCCGGACCUGAGAAAGCUGUGAAUCCCACCCCUAGCAGCUGGAGCCUGGACAGUGGGAAGGAAGCCAAGAACAUGUCGGAUAGUGGGAAACUUAUCUCUCCCCCUGUCCCUCCAAGACCCACACAGACUGCUUCACCAGCAAGACACACAACGUCAGUAUCCCCCUCACCUGCUGGGCGAUCGCCAUUGAAGGGCUCCGUGCAGUCCUUCACCCCGUCUCCAGUGGAGUAUCACUCCCCAGGACUGAUCUCCAACUCCCCGGUCCUGUCGGGCAGCUACAGCAGCGGCAUCUCGUCUCUCAGCCGGUGUAGCACCUCGGAAACCUCAGGCUUCGAAAAUCAGGUGAACGAACAGUCGGCGCCCGCGGCGGUGCCCCGGUACCGCAGGGGGGCGGGCCGGAGGAGCCGGUGCGCAAGGAGAGCAAGACGCCGCCCCCCUACAGCGUGUACGAGCGGACUCUGCGGCGCCCCGUCCCGCUACCUCACAGCCUCUCCAUCCCCGUCACGCCGGAGCCGCCCGCUCUGCCCCCCAAACCCUUGGCAGCGCGAUCCGGCCACCUGGAGAAUGGGACCCGGAGGACUGAGCCCGGCCCGAGGCCCAGGCCCCUGCCCAGGAAGGUCUCGCAGUUAUAACUAAGUCGCUUUUCUGUGACCCGCGAUGAAUUCCUUGCCGUUUACAAAAUGGUGACAAGACAUUUAGUGUAGGCACUUUAAUAACUUACUCAGAUCUCUCUCUAAAUGGAGUUAGAACUUGCUUAUUAAUAUAAUGUUGCACAAUAGUAGAAGUUACUGAUCUAAAACGCCAGAUGUUACAUGAAGUAUGGUUGAAUUUCAUUAAAACCUUUCUCCUUUGAAAAGUGGUAAAUAGUGAUACAGACUCCUUUUGUAUCUUUUUAUGUUCACUUUUUUUACAUAGUUUAGUCUUAAAACCAAUACAAUGUUGUCAAACAAUGCACUGCGUGAUAAUGUUGUAUACUUUUUACUGAAUACUUGAUACUCUGAUAAAGCUUAUUACGUCAAUGCACACCCUAACACAGUGGACCUUACCCUAAAAGACUUCCGUAAUCGAGGUGAGGUUUCUGGCUCUUCCUCCGAGCCCAGUGAUCAAUGCAGAGCCUCGACAUUAAAGGUUCGCCAGGGCUAGCUGGAAGAUACACCAAAGGGGUUGCCAGGAUUGGGACUGGAAGUUGUUUUGUUACUGAAACAAACUACUUCUUUAAGGUUGCUUUCCGUGUCUGACAGCUGUCUCCAUUCUUGAAACUGCUUUGUGAAUUGGUUGCUCACUCUUUUAGUACCCUGUCACCGCCGUAUCUACUCUUAUUUUGUUUCAAGGUGCAGUUUGCUUUCAGAGUUCCAAUCAACUAGAUGAAGCAAAAGUCCCCAGGAGAAGUGUUUACUUGAAUUUUUGUGCUUCCUUCCUUGCUAGCUUCCUAGAUAUAAUUUGUCAUUGAAGAAGAACAGAUGUUCAAGUAUUAAAUAGGCACAAAUGACCGUGUCCCAUUAACAAGAAUUCAGGAAUCGAUACAGGACAGUAUUCAAUCAAUAGUGUAAAUGAAGAGAAAAAAAAAUCUUUGGGAAACUAUAUUAGCAUGAUUAAAUGGCAAAAGGACUUUCCAAAGGCAAAGGCAUUCACUUUCAAUCCUGCACAAAAAAAAAAAAAAAAAAAAAAUUCCUCAUGGCUCCCCAUAACCAGUGGAGCUGGUUUCCUGUUGUUCUUUUAUUGAAGGAGGAUGGCCUAGGCUGCGCUAGCUUCAGGAUCGCAGCAUACCGUCUGAGAUCUCAAUAGGGGCGCCAAUGCCACAGUCGUAGGCCUGUGAAAAAAAGCACCUUGUAUGUAGCAAUGUAUUUUGUAUCUUUGUUUUUUUCUUUCACUGACUGUUUAUAACACUCGAUUGACAAUAGAUAUGACUGUAUUUUAAAUCAUACUGUUAAAUAUUUUCCCUCUUUUGUUGGGAAGCUCAUUUUAUUUUAACCGUGUUUGUUUUGUUGAUAGCUUACCUGGAAGGCAGUGACCACUUUUUUAUAUUCUCUUAAUGAAACCAUUCAGCAGGUAUAUGCUGUUGAGGCUGGUUAUAGAGGUUUUCUAUAAUAAAUGUUCAAGUAUUUUUGUACAUAACUGGUUAAUUUUAAUAAGAGAUUCCAUUAUGUGUAAAAAAAAAAAAAGGAAAAAUAAAAGCAAACAGUUGUGGAUGCAGUAUGAUUGUUAUAAUUAUGCCAAAUACUUUAUGUAUGGAAAAAUAUUUGUACAUAUGUGCUUUUAACAAUAAUUCUGCCAUAUUGACUUUACAAUUUUGAAUGUCAAAAAAUUAAUAUAUGUUAAAAUAUUUAUGUUUAGUGAAACUAUUCAUAAUCGAGAAAAGGAACAUAUGAAUUUUAGCUUUGUAUCUUGCAAGUUUUGCAGUUGGAAAUUUCUUGAAUUAGCUUUUGCUUUUGCUUUUGAUGAUAACACUUUGUGUUUGUAAUCACAUGCAAAAAUAUAUAUAAAUAUAUAUAUAUACAUAUACAUACACACACACACACACACACAGGAAGCUCUGUAUUUCUGUUGCUUUAAAGAAGUAAACCCUUCCAUUUAAAUAAGAUGACAUGCAUAAGAUAACAACGCUUCUUUGAUUUCUUUUUCCUGUGUAAUUUAAUAGAUUUGUUGACUAGUGCUUGGGCACAGUAUAAAUCAGUGUUAUUUGCUCUUGAAGCCAUUUUUUU